AUGAUUUGCGAGUCUGCAAAUGACUUUGGCGUGCCGAAGCAUCAGACCGAGCAGAACAUUCAGUCCCUGAAAGUCAUCCCACUUUGGGGUUUGGACUUCCUCACUCCCACCCACGGUCUCUUCCACAACAAGCUGGAUUCAGAGGUUGACAACGUCACAUCCGCUAGCGAGUUUGACAUCAAGAUGAACUUCAUUCCAAUUCUCACAGCAUUAGUGAAGGGUGCACGCGCUAUUGAUCUUUCCAAGGCCGACAUUCACCGCGCAACUCGGGCUCUGGUCAACCUCAACACGUAUUUCCAGGAAUCGCGACACUGGUCUCAAGUAUGGAACAGCGAGACUGUGAAGCAGACUUGGCGCGACCUCUGGCUCACGCCAGAUAUGCCCAAUGCAGUUCCGUCUCGUGAGUGGCUUGACACUGAGCUCCCCACACUCUCAUCUCUCGACGUUGCGCUGGAAUUAUGGUACCGCUACCUCUUCAUCUUCUCUAUUCCAGUUCCGGACAAGAUUCCUGGCGUCUUCCAGGCUUCUCAUCACAGUGUCAGCGCUUCAUACGGCGUUGUUUGCAAGAUUAAGCGCAACUGCACACUUCAAGUCUGGGACCACGCCAUCGCCUGGAGAGAAACAAAUCUGUGUCUCUCAUCUGCCUUGUGCAAGCUUUCCCCAUUUGUUCGGAAUGCCCUUCUUGGACUGAUGCGCAUCACUUCUGUUCUGACUUUACACCACGCGGACAUCAUUCUCCCUUGUGCUGAUUUCUUCAACCCUGGUUGGGAAGUGGAGAUUGGAACUUGCCAGGGUACAAUUGAGCAUCGAAAUACCUUCCGUCGCAAGAUUGACCCCGUCGUCAACGGCAUCACUGACAUGCAGAAGUUUGCCCCGGUGCAAGAGAUCAAGUCAGAACGCCCGACCGUCACCAUGCUUUCUCACGUUUGGUAUGCGAAGGACAUCAAGACCGCGCUGCUAGCUGCCGAUAUCAUCAUCAACCAGUGGAAGUUUGAUGAAUAUCACCUCGACAUCUAUGGUGCUAUCGACAAGGCUCCGACCUAUUCAACCGAGUGCCAGGAAAUCAUUGCUUCCAAGGGUCUCCGAGGCCGUGUCACCUUGCGAGGCACGGCUGAUCCAAUGAAAGUCCUGGAGAACACUUGGCUCUUCCUAAACUCAUCCCUGUCGGAAGGUCUUCCUCUGGCAUUGGGUGAAGCUGCCUUGACAGGAGCUCCAGUUGUCUGCACGGAUGUGGGCGCCUCGCUGCGCGUUCUUAGCGACCCUGAUGACUUCUCUCGUUUCAGUGCAGUGGUUGCUCCUAAUGAUGCCCAAGCACUUGCGAAGGCUCAAAUCUCCAUGCUGGCUAUGCUUGGAGAGUGGGGCCAAUAUAGCGAAGACAGUGACAAUGAGCCGCUGCCAGUUCUCACAUCCUCGCCCACCCCCGAGGAAGUGGCCGCCAUCACACGUCGCAUGUACUCGAAGAGCGAACAGCGUCGGAAACUGGGCAUGAUGACUCGCAAUAUUGUUCAGAAGUCAUUCAGUGGCGAUCGCUAUCUCCGCGAGCACGAGCAAAUGCUUUGGAUUGGAAAGUCAGCCAAGAUGAUGGCAAGCCGCGCAGCCGGCGACGCAAUGGAGCCAGCCGACAUCGCGACAGCCGUUGAGCAAACCGCCACCGUUGAAGAAGAAGUCAUCACCAUUCCCCGAAACGCGGUUCACUCCUGGCGCUCCUCAACCAUUUCGGGCAUGUCAACUCUUUACAGUUCGGUAUCAAACUACCCUCUUCAAAGUUAUCGGAACCGUCCCACCUCCGAUAUUUCUGCUCUGAGUCUGAGUAAUGUCUCCACGGACACUGAGUCCUUCGCUCGACUCCCUGUAUUUGCGCCCCGGCGCUCUAUGCUGUCGCACGAUGGUAUGCCAGGUAGUAGGUCGCCGGCUGGAAUGAGGUCGCCAAAUUUGCGAGCUUCUUUGGCUGGACAGCGUCGGCCUCAUUCUUAUACACGCUCUGUCUCGACUGCCGGCAGAGAACAGUUGCGUGGGUUGAAUCGAGAGGAUCUGCUUCAAUACCGCAAUUCGGAUGUUAGCAACAUCGUGAGAGAAGACUUCUUGCGAUCUGGUAUACAUUUCAGUCACUGA